GUCGGAAUCAGCAAGCCGGAGACGGAGCGCCCGAGCUGCGUUGGCUGAAAGCGGGCCUGGUUGCAGGCGCAGGUGGUAAGACAUCUCAAUUCAAAGAAAAGGCACCUGCUGUGGUAGAUGCAGCAUGUAUUUUAUCGCUGCUGCUUGUGGUUCCUGGUGUAAAGUGAAUAUCUAAUGCUGGGAUGAAGUCUCCAAAUAUAUACCACUAGUGACAUCAGCUUGAGGUUUUGUCACAGUCACCAUGGGGGACCUGGGAUUGGGCCAGGAGUUCCAUACCUGGCACCAGUUCAGCACAUUCAUUGACGACUGGUGUGAAAAGCACAAAGUCCUCUUCAUUGUCGCCAGCCUGAAGCCGCUGAUCUCACUGCGCCAGAACCUGCCACAUCACCAGCCCAGUCUGGCUGAAAUCCUCCGCUUCCGUUUCGUGCGCCUCAUCUGCAAGCACAGUGGGACCUACGUGGGGCAGAGCACAGUGCAACGCAACCGCUUCAGUGAGAAAAUCGACUGCCCAGCCUCCAUCACACUCUGCCUGGGCCCGAAGAAGGACCGCUUGGUGGUGAUCAAGGCCAACCUGGAGCACAACCACCGUCUGUCAGAACUGGAGUUUGCGCUCCACUUCAAGCGAUACCAGCUAAAAGCAAGCCUUGGCCUACCCAUCCGCAUCACCAACAGCAUUUCCAAGCGCUUCCUGGCACCGGAUCUUAUCUGGAGCCUAGAGGAUUAUAGCAAAGCCAAAGACAAGGGCAUGUGUGAGCUCUUGGCAGUUCUGGAUGGACUCUUCAAGAUGGAUGUGGGCGCCAAAGUCAAGCUAGUGUUCCAGGAGGAUGUGGCUAUCCUCAACAGCAUCUUCCUGUCAACCUCAUUCAUGCGCAGAUUGGUGCAGCGCUACCCAACUCACCUUUUCUUGGAGCGUGCUGCCUGCCUCAAUGCAGACUUUGAGCUCUACACAGUGCUGUGUGAGGAUGCCAAUGGGCGUGGGCGUGAGGUAGCCUAUUGCCUGGCACGCCAGGGGCUGCCAGACCUACUCAUAUUCAUUGUGGCUUCACUGGUGCAGAGUGCCCCAGAUAUCAAGUUACAGGUGAAGGUGGUUACUGUCGGGGCUGGUGUGACUGGCCUCGAUGCAAUCGAGGAGGUGCUGCCAUGUGCCCGGGUGCAGAUUUGCCGCCUGCAGGUUUUGGAGUCACUCUAUCGCAAGGCCAAUGAGCUGGCUGUGCCCAAGGAAGACCAGAUACGCAACUUGCUGCUCAACUUGGCUAAUGCCGAUUCACCACGAGUCUAUAGCCAGUACCUGAGUGACCUAGAAGAUGUGGCUCCACUCUCCUUCCUGCAGUACUUCUUGGAGUGCUGGCACCCCCACAAAGGUAUGUGGGUAGAAUGCUGGGCCUUUGAGAAGAACCAAGAAUGCUCCUUCCUUGACCAUCUUAGCACACACCACCGCAAGCUGCUGACGAUAGGCAGCCCCCCCUUGGCACUGGCUACCUGUGUCCAGGGUUUAUUGGAUCUCCAAGCCUUGCAUGUGGAGACCUCAGUGCUUAAUGUGGCGCCCGCAGUUGAACUAUACCAUGCUGUGUGCCUACCUGACAGUGCCGACCUGGUGGCUGAGGAACUGGAGCUGGUACCUGAUGUGCACUAUGAGCUCAAGGAUAUGCUUGAUGGGUACCUCCUGGAGGAAAGCACCUGCUCUUUUCUGGUGAGCCAGGACCUGGCUACUUGUAGCUGUUCUAUUUAUAUGACUCACCAGCUGCCCUGUCGACACAUCUUUGCUGCACGCCUUUGGGUUGGGGAGCCCCUCUUUGAUCGCAGGCUGCUGCCAGGCUUACCAGAUGGACAUCAAAACAGCACAGGACAGGAGAACUGCUAGCCAAGGUACCUGUUGGACUGAUGGAAGCCCAUGAAGAGUGCCCAUGUGCAUUGAAUGGUGGUGGCACAGACCUGGUAAUUGCCAGGUCAGUCAGGGAUAAAGCAGAUAACAGUUUCACUACAUUGCUAAACAUUGUGGGUGGUCCAAUCUGGGGCAGUAGAAAGACUGAUUGCUGACCAGCCAUUGUGAGAACAGGCUGAUGUUGUUUGCCUAUGUGCACAAGGAUCGAUGACUGUUAAGAAACAAUAUAUUACCACUGCCAAGAUCUAGGAUUGGGAUACCGUGACCCACACCUUAUCCUGGGACUGAGAAAGGGGAACAGGAGUGGGUUCAAUGCAAAAAGCAGCCCUCAUUUGCUUAUAUCUCAAGGGACUCAGCUGGAACUCAGUGAGUGCCCAGGAAUUCUGAAUUUGGCUGUGAUUCUGCAAGUCAAAUCCAGAGCUCUUCAUCCAGGAAAGUAAAAUUCUACCAAAAGUCAGCAAAUAGAAUUGAGAAGAGCUAUAUUGGAGAAGAGUAUAUUGGAUUGGAUCCAGUUAGCUUUUUCAUUAAAUCUUGCCUAAUUCUUAUCGCAGCCCCUGACAUGCAUGGGUUUUGUUCAUGCACGUCCCAUGAUCCCAAGCAUAGCUUUUUUUGUGGCUAAGAGAAACCCUCUUCUCCCUUUUUCACCAGCAGAAAAGCUAGCUGGAUCCAACCCAUUUUCAGCACUUAGUUGGAGAAAGAAAUAUCAAAAUUCUGCAUUAGGACAAUCCAAAUGCUUUUCAGAGGAAAGCUGCAUUCCUUACUGUGUACACAUUAUGCAUUGUGUAUCUUAGUUCUGUGUACAGGUAGGUAUACCUCUUAAUUUCAGCAGGUUUAGUUGCCCCUAACUCUGUAUCUGUUAUUUAACAUUUUGUUAUUCUACAUAAUCUGUUUGGAGAAAUUACAGGAAGGAACAAAGAGCAUGUAGGCUGCAGAAAACCCACCACCUAACCUACGAUAAUCCUACUCUGCUCUCCUCUAGAUUUUUGAACUUCUGCCCAUAUGCUGUAGAAGUUGUAUUCCAUUUCUCAUAUUUUUUUAAAAAACAACAACAGUAUGGUACGGUUCUAAGCAGAGUUACACCCUUCUAGAGACACUGCAGUCAAGCUCACGUAAUCUUUUACUUAGACUAAUGAAAAUAUCACAAAAAGGUGUGAGAGCUUUUGAGUUCUCCAAAACUCUUCUUUAGCUUAGGUGAAAAGUUUUCUCCCAAUCCCAUUUUUUUAAAAAAAUGCAAUUUGAUGAAGAGUUUGGAGAACUCAGACACUGCCACAUCAUUGUGUAAUAAUUUGAUUGGUCCCAUAAAAAGCAUUGAGUUGGAUCCAGCCAGCUUUUCUGCUCAUAAUAAUAUAUAAUGUUCAAUUUAUAUAUCACCCUUCAGGGCAACUUAAUGCCACACUCAGAGCAGUUUACAAAGUGUGUCAUUAUUAUCCUCACAACAAUCACCCUGUGAGGUGGGUGGGACUGAGAGAGCUCUGAAAGAGCUGCCACUGACCCAAGGUCACCCAGCUGGCUUCAAGCAGAGGAAUGGGGAAUCAAACCCAGUUCUCCAGAUUGGAGUCCUUCCACUCUUAACUGCUAUAGCAAACUGGCUGUCAUGAAAAAGGGGCUCCUUUUGACUACCCAAAAAGACUGUGCUGGGUAUCCUGGGACCUGUAUGUACCAAAGCCACAUAGAACAGAGGCUGUAGUAAGAAAAAGAAUGGGGUGAGAUUGAAUGAAACACCUAGCUGGAUCCAACCCAUUACAUGGUUUUUGUUUUGGAGUUUGUCUUCAAACCAGUACAGCUACCUGCAAUCUGUGCCUCAUAUCCAUUUUAGCACUUAAAGAAUACUCUCAGUCCUAGGAAUAAGUUGUCCAUCUUAUUACAAAACUUUGCCAUAAUGUUUGAUUAUCUUAUCAAAUAAUAAACUCUCAGAUGUUGUCUAAUUAGA